AGUACGUAUAAAGCUAGACGCGGACGCCUGGCUCAGUUGCGCGAGUCAGUGAGGAUCGGUGAGCACCCUGGCUGGUGGUUUCCCAAAACCCGGCGGCUAGCGGGCCCUCAGUUUCCCAGCUGCCGAAUACCUCCAAGAUCCAGUAGAGAAAGAGGCCCAAAAGUAGCCAUGAGCGUCUUCUUGCUCCUAGUUAGCGGCAUUUUGUUCACCAUAAUGUUUGCGUUCUGGAAAAACCUGUUUCAGAGAAACACUGGUGAAAUGUCAUCAAACCCGCCUUCUCAUGCACUAGUAAGAACAUCUUCUCGUUCUGGGUCAACUAAGAACAUUAUUGAUAAGAGUCUUUCAGUCAGCAGCCUCUCCCAGGAUAUAUUAAAUAAUGUCCCACAUUCGAUAGCCAUGCAGAAGCGAAUAUUGGUAAACCUCAGGAUCGUGGAAUACAAGCUGGCUGAAUUGGAACUUUUCCUAGUUAUCAAGGGUUUUAAUGGUACAUUAGUUAACCAGAAAUCCACUGUAAAACUUACAAAAUGUAAUGACAGGCAAGGCAAUCAUUAAAAAGCACUUUGAGUGGAUUGAUUUAAUUAUGUGUUUAUAUCAAGUGAAU